AUGAACUUUGGAAAUGCUACUUUCACAAUACUUAAAUAUGUUUAUGCCUUUUCCAUUUCUGAUUUUGUUCCAAUCUUGAGGAGACUUGACUUGGAUGGCCAUAGGAGCAAAAUCAUGAAAGCUAUGAGGAUCAUGAGGAAGUAUCAUGAUCCCAUUAUUGAUGAUAGAAUCAAACAGUGGAAUGAUGGCUUGAAGACCGUUGAAGAAGACUUACUGGACGUGUUGAUCAAACUCAAGGAUGCCAACAAUAUACCAUUACUCACAUUGAAGGAACUCAAGGAGCAAAUUAUAGAAUUGGCGAUUGAAAUGGUGGACAAUCCAUCAAAUGCUUUUGAAUGGGCACUAGCAGAAAUGAUAAACCAACCUGAGUUGCUCAAACGAGCCACUGAAGAAUUGGACAAUGUAGUUGGCAAAGAGAGGCUUGUCCAAGAAUCAGAAAUUCCUAAGCUCCAAUUUGUUAAAGCUUGCGCAAGAGAAGCUCUUCGACUUCACCCCAUGGAGUAUUUCAAUGUUCCCCAUCUUUGCAUGAAUGACACAAUGGUCGGUGACUACUUGUUCCCAAAAGGAACUCAAGUACUACUAAGUAGAGUUGCUCUUGGUAGAAACCCAAAAUUCUGGACUGAUCCCCUCAAGUUCAACCCGGAACGCCAUCUCAAGGAGGGUAUUGAUGUGGUUUUGACAGAGCCAGAUUUGAGGUUCAUUUCCUUUACCACAGGAAGACGUAGUUGUCCUGGAGUAGCACUUGGCACCACAUUGACUGUAAUGUUAUUUGCUAGGAUGCUUCAUGGCUUCAGCUGGAGUCCACCACCAAACGUAUCAAGCAUCGAUCUUGUCCCGUCCAAAGAUGAUCUCUUUCUAGCUAAGCCACUUUUACUUGUGGCAAAACCAAGAUUGGCUGCAGAACUCUAUCGAACUAAUGAAAUUUAAGUGAUUUUUGAUCAUGAAGGAUCACAAAAUAUCCAAUCUAAUAAAUUAAUGUAAAAGAAAAAACCCCAAAUAAAAGAUAGUUAUGUCAUGACUAUCUUAGUUUCCGAAUUCUAUUUUUCAAUUUUCUCUUUGUUAGCAUGUGCUGUUCACAUUGUAAAGCCAUGCAGUUGUUGAAUUCCUCAAGUAUUUUUUUUGAAA